AAGUGAGUGUACGAAGGUGGUCUCCGUUGCCUUCCUUGAAGAGUUCACCAUCUCUCUUACCAGUGGAUCGAUCUUCUGCUUGCAUUUCUGCAACCAUUGUCUUAGACGUCGUAGCUCUUCCGCGGAUCUGAGACCACUUCGGAAUAAGCUUGUUUAGUGUGGUGAAAGGAUUGGGACUACUUCUUUCCUGUUAUCAUAUCACAUACAUAACAUUCAAUAGAACACCGGAGCAGAAAGGGACCCUUUUACAGAGAAAAAUCAUAACAAUAUGUCCUUCAAGUUUCUUCUUAAACUCUGCCUUUUGUGCAGUACUGCAUUCUGCUUCCAAUUUAAAAAAGACUGCGUGGCCGGACGUCACUUCGAAACCGACCGCAUCGCGACAUCGUGGGACAUCAGGGUCUGGGCACCAAGGGAAGACGCCGACGCACGCAUCCUUACCCUCGUGUCAGAGAAUGAAGCGAGGUUAUCGUUGAGGAAAAUUGACAUCACGAGAACAGAAGUGCACACGCUGUUCAUUCGAGGAAGUCAUCGCGUAAAGAACAGCAGUUCGAUCCCGGGCGACGGCAUCCCCCCAGGCUGGAGGGAGUUUCGGGUGACGUCGGACUCCAGGUUCAAGGUCUGGGUGACGGGCGUGGAGGAGCCGCUGGUGGACGUCGAUGAUGACGUGGGGGCCGAGAGGGUUGUCGUCAGAGGGAGCAACGUCACCAUUAACUGCAGGGAACCAUUUUUUAUCUGGAACGUCUCGGAGGACCAAGAGGCCACCCUCCCUCUGGGAGGUCCAGGGCGCUAUGACCUGGCAGUGUUCUCGCGGUCUCCUUCGUCGCCCGUUGUGAUGCUCGGGGAUCGGACUCGAGUGCUCAGCUGGGACCCUGAGUUCAGCAUGGUCACGACUUUCGCCUCAGAGCCGCGACCGUUGCCAGCUUUCGUCCAGCACAACUUUACUAUUGAAUGUAGUCAAGCUGAGAACCACUUUAAAUGUGAUGUGCUGGCUGGUCAGAACGAAACCCUGGUCGGCUCCGCCUCUCUGCCAGACGAGAUAGACGCGCUUUCCAUCCACGGGAGUCAUGCAGAAAAUUUCAUCGUUAUCCUGCGAGGCAUCAUAUACGAGGAAGCGACGGCCGGCGACAACAGCUCCCUCGAGGAAGCCGAUGGCCCUCUAGUCGACUGGCUCAAUGGCGUUCUCUCUUAUUCCCCGUUAGUCUUCAAUGCUCUUCUGGUAGUGGCCGUCGCUGUUCUUUAUGUGAAGAACAAAAAAAUCAAGAUGGUCAAUGAGUCGUUAAGGCGCCAAUUACCAGAUAUCAAGGAAAAGAUACCGGAACCAAUUAUUUGGAGGCAUCUGUACUGGGAAUUUCUGAAUCUGUUCAAGAAUGGGAGAUGCAGAAGAUCAGGAAUUUCCCAGGCACCCAAAAUUCCUGAGAAAAAUCCUCUGAAUCCCAACGAUGAAGACAUGGACGAAGGUGCUGCUAUAGGCGACUGUGGCGGGGAUGCUGAUUAGAGUGCUGUUCAUGAGCAAUGAGUGUCUGUAUUAACGAAUUAUGGAAACAUGCGAUCACACUUGAUUAUUAUCAUAUAAGCACACACCUACACACACCGUUCACUCAUAUUAGGACCUAUAUAUAUAUAAAUACACACACGUGUGGAAUUCAUGUCGAACAAAUUACAAAUAGAACAACGAAUGCAAUCACAUAUUCGUAUGUUUUCUUGUGCUUCCCUUCGUUUUUCUAUUUACAUGCAAAUACAAAUAUGUAUAAAAUUACGUGCAAACACAGAGACCAACGUAGGUAGAACAUAUAUGCACCCAAACCAGCUAUAAAACACACACACACGAUUUUUAUUUAAUUUCUGUUCUGCUCUAUACAACUAGUCUCUUCAUUUCUGUGGAAUGUACUUGCAUUUUUAUGAAUCUUCUUAAUGAUUAUAAUAAUAAAUAUAGCUUACUUGAAUGACACAUUUUCCUCGUUCUAUUUCUUUUUCCUACCAGUGUGCCCAUUAGUCAGUCACAUCGCAGGCCCCUGUCUUCAUAGGUGUCUGUUAAACAAACAAUAUGUACACUCUUGAUAAUAGGGCUUGACAGGGUCUCGCCUCGGACAAUUUGAAGUUGAAAUGGUAAUUACGGAGAAUAAAAUAUAUGUUAUGUAUCACUGAAACGUGGCUUUUCCAAGAUAUGUAAAAUGAUUUCAUCAAUAUUUCUAUCUUCUAAAAAAUAAAAGAUAAGAAAAUAAGAGAAGUAUCACCUAAAAAGAAAUCCCUUUCGUCUUAGGUGAUCUAAAUGACAACUUCAACACGCCAAAGGGAAAGUGAAAAAAAAAUGGUCAGCAAAGUUAAAGGGUGACAAAAAACAUUUUAACAAUAAAAAUAUGUAAUAACAUGGAUAAUAAUAAUAGUUCACGAAUCGAAACGAUAACGGUUGAUAUAAAGAUCAACAAUCAUGAAAGCUUUUAAUGACUUUACUCACUAACUCAAUCUGCCAACGAAUUAUACCCGAAGAAUCGACGCUUCUAGAAAUUUUGUUUUAACAGUAACGUAAACAAGUAGGUAAACAUCCAUAACGGAAGAGAUAAAAAAAAUAGUAUAGAUGCCACCGCUCCCCUUGUUAUGUCCUCCAUCGAUAAACGGUAACAAGUCAUAACGGAUUGAAGGAAUACUCAUAAAGCUCUAGAUUAUAACAGCUUUGAUGUGGCACUUGAGGUGAUGAUGACGUUGUCUUCAUCGCUGAUGUGCAGUCACUUCAAGAAAAUAUUCUUUUCCAAAGGGAAACAUUGCAAUAGACCUUUGAAUAGGAAAAAAGCUUCAGAAACGUCAUACAUAGCAGCCAUGCACCUUCACACGGAAUAAUAACCCCUGGAACACUUCCAUAAGACAAGGCAGGAAGGAACUAGUUCAAAGCUUCCAAAUCCGACGACUGUUCCUCUGCUCCGACUGAAGCACCUGAGCUGUAAACUAACCUACAUAAAGGCAUUGUUGGCAAGUUUCUAUUCAAAUCUGAAGCUUCUUGCACUAGAACGAUCACUACUUUACUUCAAUUACCAAUCAGCAACAUCCUAGAAAUAAUAUCAAAUUCCCACACACCCUGACACACAUGCCAAGUCAGGCACAAUGGCACCUGGACACUCCAUCGCUGCAGCAAAACUGCAUUGUCACCGGAAGAGUCUCCAUCACUCUCGCAUCCAAAGCAUGAAAUGCCAAAGAACACUACUUACCGUCUUCUGCAUGUUCAAACCCCAGCAAUCUUUCCUUCGGAGACUAAUACAAUAACAAAAAUUGAAAAUAUAAUGCAAUUGUCUGUACAGUAGAAUGGCUCCCAGUACACCUCCAGCCACUCAAAACACAUGAAUCUCUUUCUUCGCCGACUUUGAAGAAGCGGGUCCAGAGUCUCCGUGUACUUCUCCCAAAAUCUCUCCCUCGGUUCCGCUCAUUCCAGAAUUCACCUCGGUAAACGGUUACUUCCUGCCCCACAAGCCCACCUCUGAUUUCUAUAAGAACUACGGCAUAACCUAACUUUAAUGCUCAAAUUUGUAGAAUUUACUGUAGUAUCUGCUGCUUGCAUUAUUUACGUGAUGAGGAAGUAAAUUCAUGUGUUUCCAGAAGCAUAUCGAGGGAAUCGCUAAUCACUGCCAUGAUAAGGACACCAAACUUAAAUAUGAUUUUCGUUUUAUUACUAUGAUUGUUAUGUCCGUGUAAUCAUUAUUGGUAGUGUAAGGUGACAUCCUAGUCCUCCUCAUCUCGGGCUAUCGAGAGCAUCCCCUCGCCACUCGUUUCCCGUCGUUCGGCUGCGCCCGGAUCCCGCUUGCUCGCUCCUUUUCAUUUGGCCUUUUAUUUUGGUCUACUUUUUUGUGUGUUUUAGUGAAGUUACCCUUUUUAUAGCCGUUUUCUUUUCUUCUUUUUUUUUUCUUUUUGCUCGAUUUUACAGUCUUUGCAUUUAUUUAUUUCUUGAGGCACGAAAGUCAGUUUUUACUUGAUUUUCUGUGUAUUUUGGAUUAAUUAUUAUUUUAUUUCAUUUACAUUGCAUCGAAUCUGACGAGUAUUUUAUACUCGUCAUCUUUUAGCUUUAUCUUUUUAUUCGGUGUUUUUAGUUUCAUUUUAACUUGUGGCUAUUUUUUUAUUCUUUUCUUUUUACCCUGUAAAUACAUGUGUUUUAUUCUGUAAGGUAAAAUUUACACUUUUAUAAAUGUGAAAGAUGUAUAGUUCGUGACGUAUUUCAUGACGUCACGAACACUAUAAAUAACGCCAAAAACGGCGCGAAAUACAUUCAGUUGAGACCAGA